AUGGAAUCAGAGACACCACGCGUUUCAUUCAUUUCCAUCGUAGACUUCUCUGAGGAUGCUCGCUGGCUGUUCCUUACUGAAUCAGUCUCCGACUUGCUAGGCUUUGAACCCCGCGAGUUAAUAGGUCGCCCUGCUUUGGAGCUUGUACAUCCAGACGAGUUCUCUCAGGUAAAGCAGAUGCACUACGAUACUAUCCACGAAGACAAAGCCGCUGCUCUCGCAUAUCUUCGAUUAAAGCAUAAAGAUCCCUUCAAAGGAUACAUUCUUUGUGCAGUCUCUCGGACCGUCGUGCACAGCGUUAUAGUAGGCAGCGUAUCGUUUGCCUCACCAGGCGGGAAAGCGCUCCAGAAUACAUCUACUGCGCAAGAAGUUGAAGUUGUCACACCUUCUGCCAAGAACUUCGAGCUCAGGCGAUGGGGCGACCCUUCACCGAUGACAUCUAGUCCCAGUAUAUCCGACCUCACUUCACGAGCUGGCUGCCUUUCCACAGACACGGACACUAGCGAUUCAUCAUCAAGCCGCAGCCGAGGCAAGAAACCAACAAUAAUUAGUUUUAAUCCUCUACCCCCUCAGUCCCUAAGAUCGGCACUCAUCCUUGACCGGUUCUCGAUUCAUUGCACGGUCCUCUACUGUUCCAACGACCUUCUCCUGUCAACUACCAAGGUUUUGGGUCGAAGUUUCUUUGAUUUUGUCACUAGUCGCACAGAACAUAGCGUACGCAGCUGGAUCGAUGUCAUCAAAUCAUGGGGCGUCAACGAUCGAGGGCAACCAAGCGAUGGUGGCUUCGGUUUUGGUAAAUUUGUGCUGUUACUUGCUGGCAGAGAUUCAAGGAGUGAAAUUGAGCAAGAUACGCCGCUAUCGCGGCGCAGGCUCGGAGACGCAAGAAUCAACUGCCGAAUGCCAUCAAGCCCACGUUGCGCCUCUCAUUCAUCGUCUUCCCGUUCGCGGCCACCGUCCUCGAUGUCUUCAUCGACCUCUGAUCAGGAAAUUUCCGUUGACGCUAUUUUCUCUGGACACUCGGACGGCAUUUUACUGGUACUUCGUCCAACUUCAAAAGCAUGA